GUAUAUAUGAAGAAGAGACCAUUACCAAAGAAGCCUAAACCCUAUAGGAUCAAUUUACUGUUUGAACUAGCUGUUGGUGGAUGGAAUAUGAUAAGGGUGGCUGUAAUUAACAAGUUCAGAGAGUGUAAGGAUAUUGAGGUAAGAUAUCUGCUAGAUCUUUUAGAUAACAUUUCUCCAUUGGUUUUAGACUUUUAUCCUGUGAUAUUUCGGAGUGGACAUUGGCCGGCAUAUAUGGAUGCGCUGUUUCGUGCUUGGGCUCUCUUUUUCAGGUAUGGCAGAAAACAUUAUAAUAAACUCCCAUUGGCAUUCUUUAGUGAUGUGUUUUAUGGGUUCAAUACACAACAUCCGAUGGCGCAAGUCAUCAAACAAAAUCUUCACUUAUUUAAUGAUUACUAUGUGGAGAACUUUCAUUCUUCACUUCGUCUUCAGACUCAUGCAUCAAACUCUCCAGAUCAGAUUAUUCGACAAGCGAAAAAUAUCGAUCAAUCACGUGGUAACAAUACGUUCAAGGAAACUUUUUCAGAGCCUCAUAACAUAGUAUAUACGGAAAAAGAGUUGGAGUUUAUGAAAAAAAGAACUGCGACAUUUCUUCUGAAACUUUUUAUUGAG